CGCUCUGUCUUUAUUGUUGGGGCUGUUACUCAGAUAAAUCAUGGGCUGAUUGCGAAAGUAAGCUACAGUCGUAGCUGUGCCAAGUUGGUGAAAAAGGCUCUGCCUGCCAGAUAAAAGUGCUUACCGAGACAAAACCUGGAGGAGUAACUAAAACUCACUUCUCUAAAACGUGUGGAUUGCACAUCCACUGUGAUGGGUCAGAAUGCAACACUCAGGAUGGAAAUGUAACCCACAUGCGUGUAUUCCAUUGCAGCUGCUAUGACAAUUGUAAUAUCGGCAUUCUGUGA